AUGUCCUUGAUACAAGACAACGUUUUUGUUGGCCAGAUGCCUCAAAGAAUUGUAAUGGGAUGUGUUGAUAAUGACGCUUUUCACGGAAAUUUUGCCAAGUCACCAUUUGAGUUUAAACAUUAUUACCUGAAUUUCAUUGGAGUGUACGUCGACGGACAGCCUGUGCCUUACAAUCCACUGGAACCAAAUUUUGAUAACAACAAUUAUAUUCGAGCUUAUCAUAGCCUGUUUUUCAAUAAAUCCCAACAAGAUAAAGGCAUUUUUAUAUCCAGAGAAGACUAUUUACAAGGUAAUGUGUUAUUUGGUUUCGAAUUAUCACCAGACCUUUGUGAUGGAGAGCAUAUGAAUCUCAUUAAGCAUUCUAAUCUACGGAUUGAGUUAAAGUUCAGCCAACCUCUCGAGCAAACCGUGUGUGUGAUUAUCUUUGCAGAAUUUGAUAACGUGAUUGAAAUUAAUAAAUCGAGGAACAUCAUUUUUGACUUUAACUGA